AAUGAUUCACAAACCAUGAAUGUGAAUGUUAAUUUUUAUGACAAAUGUAUUCUUUACUCACAGGUCCAGGAGACAACAGCUCAGAAUUUAGCAUCUGCACAAACUCUUGGCCCAAGAGAAAAGCGUUCCCAUGUCAUUUGGGCUGAUACUGUCACACUUUUAUUUGAAGGCAUUGCAAGAACUGUUGAAGUUCGACAACCUAUCAUUGAAACAUAUUAUGGACCUGGCCACCUGUCACUUGUAAUAGAGAUGUUGCAGCGUGAGUGUGAUCGCCAGGCUGGUCGCAUUGUAGGAGAGAUGAGAAAACAUAGAAGACUCGAGGCCAUUGUGUCUGCUGUUCGUAAUUCACUGAGGUGUAGUGGAGGUAAAGAGCCAAGAGCAGAUCAACCAGACCCACGUGAUCUAGACACUUUGUUAGGGGAACUGACUCUCAUAAAUGCUCGAGCUGAGUUGUACCUCAGGUUCAUCCGUAGACGAGUGUCGGCUGAUUUUGAGGCGUCCAUUGCACACAAGGCAGAACGUGAUAAACAGGAGGCAGCUUUUGAAGGGAAACUCUUACGUUCUCAACUGGUGUGCGACAUGGCUGUUAUAGUUGCUGAUUAUACUAUUUUGGAACAGUUUUAUCUUAAUGAGUCUUUCAAGAAGGCAUUAGCUAUGGACACUGUAGAGGAGACUGCUAAUACAUCUUCCUUAGUUGAUGAUGCAUUCUAUAUUGUGAAAAAAAGUGUAAGGCGAGCGAUAGCAUCAAACAGUGUUGAUGGUGUAUGUGCCAUGUUGAAUCAUGCUGUGACUCUGAUUGAGACCCAACUGGCAGAAGGAUUUAAACAAACUCUGCGCAAAGGAUUCCCUGCCCAGGGGUACUUGGACUUCAACCAG